AUGCAUCUACUGAGCAAAGCUGCUGUCCUCCUCCUGGCGCUCAACGUCAGCGCCAGACCCAUCGAGGAGCCUCCUGCGCAGACAACAGCGCCCGCCGGGUAUGGAGACUAUAAGGAUUAUGGCUCCUAUGGCAAGUACGGUGACUACGGUCACUACAAGCGUGACGAGGAGCCCAGCCCCACGACCACAUGCACCGAAACAGAAACUCCCACUCCAGCAAACUACGGAGACUACGGAGACUACGGCAACUAUGGUCAAUAUGGGGACUAUGGUCACUACAAGCGUGGCGAAGAGCCCACUACAACCACCACAACCACCACUGAGACCCCAAGUCCCUCUCCAGCAAACUACGGAAACUAUGGUCAAUAUGGGGACUAUGGUCACUACAAACGUGACGAAGAGCCCACCGCAACCACCACUGAGACACCAACUCCCUCUCCCACUCCCGCCGACUACGGCAACUAUGGAGACUACGGCAACUACGGCAAGUAUGGGGACUACGGACAGUACAAAGUGAAGAGAGACGACGAGCCUCGCACGACUACCACCGAGACCCCGACUCCCUCUCCCACUCCCGCCGACUAUGGUGACUAUGGCAACUAUGGCAACUAUGGCAAUUACGGCACCUACGAGAACUACUAG